AUGAAGGAAGGCAGUGGGGGCACUGGUAGGGAGGUGAAGGAAGGCAGUGGGGGCACUGGUAGGGAGGUGAAGGAAGGCAGUAGGGGCACUGGUAGGGAGGUGAAGGAAGGCAGUAGGGGCACUUGUAGGGAGGUGAAGGAAGGCAGUAGGGGCACUGGUAGGGAGGUGAAGGAGGGCAGUAGGGGCACUGGUAGGGAGGUGAAGGAAGGCAGUAGGGGCACUUGUAGGGAGGUGAAGGAAGGCAGUAGGGGCACUGGUAGGGAGGUGAAGGAAGGCAGUAGGGACACUGGUAGGGAGGUGAAGGAGGGCAGUAGGGGCACUGGUAGGAUGCUGAAGGAGGGCAGUAGGGGCACUGGUAGGGAGAUGAAGGAAGGCAGUGGGGACACUGGUAGGAUGCUGAAGGAGGGCAGUAGGGGCACUGGUAGGGAGGUGAAGGAAGGCAGUAGGGACACUGGUAGGGAGGUGAAGGAAUGCAGUAGGGGCACUGGUAGGUAG